GAAAGAGUGACAGCAUAAACAUCCGAUGCGACGACUUUUCUUCAGUCUUGGCCUACUUAUUGCAAUGAACCACUGCCAAUUCUCACAUCAUAAAAUCAUCAUACACAUUGAUUUGAAAGGUGCACCUCCACGACCGUCUUAUUUCAAGCAGCUACUGACAACCAUUUCCGAUGUAGGCGCAGAUGGAGUUUUGAUCGAAUGGGAGGACAUGUUCCCGUAUGAAGGUGCACUUGGUGAGAUCAAAAAUGGAUAUUCCUAUACUCACGAUGAAGCUCUCGACAUUCUACGACAUGCCGAGUCGCUCAAGCUUUCGGUGAUCCCAUUAGUACAAACAAUUGGACAUCUCGAAUGGAUACUCAAAAUUAAAAACUUCGUAGGCUUUCGCGAGCAUCCAGAUUAUCCUUUGGUUGCAUGUAUAGGCGACGACAAGGUCGUGGAACUGAUUUUGGAUUCCUUGAACCAGGUAAUGAAACUACACUCCGAAGUAGGCAUGCCGUACGUACAUAUCGGAGCCGAUGAAGCCUACAUCAUGGGGGAAUGUCCUGCUGAUCUCAGGAUCCUACCCAAUUACGCUAAUAACAAAAAACGUUUGGUCUUUGAUUACGUAAAAAAGGUUGCUAAGAAUAUUACUCUACAAUAUCCGCAAACAAAGGUGCUCAUCUGGCACGACGAGUUCAAGAAUGUUAAUGACACAUUGGUAAAACAAUAUGAAUUAGACCGACUCGUAACCCCUGUAGUUUGGUAUUACCAGCCCGAUUUGGCUACGAAACUUCCAAAGUACAAAUGGAAGCAGCUUGUCCGUUCAUUCUCUUCUGUAUGGGGAGCUAGUGCCUUCAAAGGUGGUAACGGACCUAAUCGCUAUUGGAAUUACGUGGAGCAUUAUAUGAAGAACAACAAGGCAUGGUACCAACAAGCACUAGAACAUAGUGAUCUCAUCAAAUUCCAAGGUUUCAUUAUUACAGGCUGGCAGAGAUUUCAUCAUUUUGCACCACUUUGUGAACUUUUCCCCGUUUCGAUGGCCUCACUGGCAAUAAAUGUUAAGCUCAUCAAACACUUUACUCUUUCAGAAGAUGACCUGAGUGGAAUUUUACAUGCAUUAAAAUGUCCAAAUGGGACCACUAUCAGCCAUUUAAAGAGAGGACAAGACCAGUGCAGGUUUUCUGGUCACAAAGUCAGGAAUGCAAUCAGAGAUUUCAUGCUUAUAAAGCAGCAACACGAUAAUGCAAUGAUUUUUGAAGAGGCGGAAUAUCUUCAACCGUAUCAAAUGCAAAUGAACUUUAGCUGUUCAUAUGGAAUAAGAAAUUUUGAGAUUAUGUACAAAAAGUACUUACAACGCUUAGAUGAGAUGAUCGAUUGGCUCAGGUCUUCAUUGCAAGAAUUAUUCUAUGAAGAUGUGUACUUCGAAUUUAUGGUGGACUACAUCGAACCAUUUUAUAGCGAACUCGAGUCAAAACUCAGAAGUGUAAGAGCGAUCAAUUCGAGAACAGUCUAUCCACCUCGUCCAUGGUUCCCAAGUGAAGGUACACUUGGCUAA